CCACUACCACCACCACCACGCACUACCACCACGCACGCUAGUGCUCACAUUGUAUCGGUGUCUCCUCGGCACCAUUGCUCUAACGUGUUCCCUCAGCUACAUAAGAGACAAACACCCUAUAACUGGAGACGUGUGAAUGUGUAUCAACUACAAUUUAGCAGAAGAAAAUAUAUUGAAUACUGUGAACUGUUAUACAUCGUUGCUUUGUACUGUGAACAUAUAUUGUAUUUAAGUAAACUGUUAACAUAAGUCAGAUAAAUAUAAGAUGCAAGGAAGAAACUCUCCCUGUUCAAUGUCACAACGCCAAACACACUUCCCACAACAUAUCGUCCAGGAUAACGAGAUUAAAACUCAGCAUGUGCUUCCAGAAGCAGCGGAUCAGGAAUUACAAGCACUUUGUAUAAGAAAGGAUGAAGAAGUAGUGGACACACUGCAGCUGACAAUAACAGAAGAAAUAUGUGAACACAGAGAAGAGGAUGACACAGUCGUGAUAGCCGGUCCGGACGGCGGCUGGUCUUGGCUGGUUCUCUUGGGAUCCUUUGUUGUCAUGACGCUUGUGUCGACAGUGGGGCCGUGCUUCAGCCUGGUAUUCUCCAGCCUCUUGCAUACGCUGGGGUCCUCCUCCACCACUGUCGCCUGGAUCUUCAACACCUUCAGUCUGGUAUGGAACGUGACGGGACCGGUGGUGGGGCCGCUGACCAGCGAGUUGGGUCACAGGCGGGUCGCCAUGGCCGGCUCCAUUAUGAUCGCUGCUGCUCUCAUUGCCUCAUCCUUCGCCUCAUCCGCCUGGCACCUCCUCCUCUCGUUCUCUUUUCUCGGAGGUAUUGGAGCGGGCCUGAUAGUCACCACCAGCAUCUUCGUCGUCCCUGUUUACUUCACACGCCGUCUUGGCCGAGCCAACGGUAUCCUUAUGGCUGGCACCAGCGUCGGCCAGUUCAUCGCACCUCAUUUAAUCAUAUUCCUACAGGAGAAAUAUGCAUUCAUGGGAGCCACGCUCAUCCUUGGUGCCAUUAUGCUCAAUACAUGUGUGGCUGUAGCAACUUUUCAUCCUGUUAAGUGGCACACUCGUCGCUGUAUUUGGGAAGCUGGAAGAUCUGUCUCCGGGAAGUUAAUGGCUCAACAACAUACCUCCAGCGUUACGUUCAAACUUAUAAGUAAAAAUCAAAAAGCCAAAAUAAUAUCCCAGAAUAUGAGCGCGGCCAAAAGAAACUCUGGAACAAUGAGCGGAUUUCUCUCACGUGUUGCUCAGUCAACAAUUCACAACCUACACAUCCUCAAAUCACUUCGUGCUUUAAUCAUUGCUGUCAGCAGCACACUAGUCAUCAACGGGUAUUUAAACUUCAUUAUGAUGGUGCCUUUCAUGAUUCAAGCUAUGGGCCACUCUCCCCAGGCAGAAGCUUGGUGUGUGUCUGUGUCUGGGUUAUGCAGCCUCGUCACACGCCUCGCUGUCUCCACCCUCACUGAGUGUUCCUGCUUUAACAUGUACGCCUGUUAUGUCACCGGGAUCUUCGUCAUUGCUGCCUCUAGUUUAGCUUUCACGUAUCUGACGAACAUAACGUGGCUGAUGGUGACGAUGGGGGUGUGGGGCUGCGGCGUGGGGGCCUUCGUCGGCUUGUACAACUUAGUCAUUAUCCACUACAUGACAGUUGGUAACCUCCCGCCCAUGUUUGGCGCCGCGAGCCUCCUCAAUGGUCUGGGCUUCAUCUCCCUAGGCCCGCUGCUCGGGUUUGUGAAAGACGUGAGCGGUAGCUAUGCAGUGAGCGUGUGGGUGUUGAGCAGUACCCAGUUCCUGUGCGUGGGCCUCUGGCUUCUCAUGCCUUGGGCAGUCACCUGGGAUAACACCAAGUGCACCAAGUCCAGUCCUUCAGGUGGUUAACUUUAUCAAUUAUUGAAUACAGAUAUACAAUUUUAUCAAAUUUCCUUCAAGAUUUAAUAUUAAUAAUAGUAAUUUUUAUUAAAGCAAAAGUACAUACAACAUACAUAGGAUAUAAGAAGAUCGUAUGUAUCAUGGGUAGGGCAGGUACUAUAUGCCUGAAGCCACUAUAAUACGCAGGGCGUUUCGGACAUGAUAUGAGAACAAAUCUAAGACUUAAAACUAAAUGAGAUAAAAAACGAUAAUGAAUUGAAGUAGAGGAAUAGAUAUAAAGUGACACUUAUUUCAUAAUGAUUGGAACAGCAAACAUUGCAACAGAACAUACUAAUUUUACAGCAGAAACAGAAAGAAUAUUUUUUGUUAUUAAAUAUUUACAUGGCAGAUAACAGCAGUAGUAGUUUCAGUAAUUAAUGUUCAAAAACAGCAAAGCAUAGGUUGAUAUUUAGGAAGUAAGGUAGGUUACAUAGAGUUUAUCAGGUAGUUCUUAGUUUCUCUUUUAAACUGCUUGAGGGAAGGACAGUCUUUGAUGUAAUUAGGGAGGUCAUUCCAGAAGGACCCCUUUAUUUGCAGAGCAUUUAUGCUUUGGCUAAGUCGAACUCUUGGAAUAUCGAACAGUUAUUUGUUUCUGGUGAGGUGUCCAAGGGUUCUGUUACAACCCUCUAGAAAGCAUUUAUAAGGUCAGGAUUAGCAUUGCAGUUCAAUGUUUUAUUUAUAAAUAGUACACACGAGAGGAUGUGUAGUGACAUAAUUAUAUAUAAAUAUUAACUAUUAAUUAAAGAUUUAAGAAAGGGGACCCAAAUGCUGUCUGGAGCCUAAGUUUGUUAUUGCUCUAAUCUCUGAUUUGUGUUGAGUAAUUAGGAGUUGUGGAUAAUUUUGAGUAGUGAAACCCCAAGCACUGAUACCAUAGGUGAGAUAAGGAUAGAUGAGAGAGUAAUAGACCGUCACCAGGGCAGAGUGAGGUACAUAUUAUCUGAUUUUAGAAAGAAUGCCAACUGUUUUACAAACUUUUUUUCUACAUUUGGUAUAUGGGACUGGAAAUUCAAGUUGUUAUCAAUGAGAACAACAAGGAAUUUACCAUCUCCUAUGUUACUAAUUUGGAUAUUGUUAAUUCUCAGGGUAAUUUGAUCUGUGCAUUUAUUAUCAAACAAAAUAUAGAAGGUUUUAUCAAUGUUAAGGGUAAGUUUGUUAGCAACUAGCCAAAGAUGGACAUAUUUUUAGUUCGGUAUUCACUGUGUCAUUCAGAAUAAGAGGGUUAGAACUAAAGGAAAUGAAGGCUAUGCCAUCAGCAAAUGUUG